AUGACUACUUGUACUAGUGAACCUUUUAUUAUAUUUAGCUAAUACUUUUAAGUAAAACUAUAAUGCAGGACUCUUACUUGUAACAGAGCGUUUUCCACAUGAUGGUUUUGACAGGUUUUAUAAAGUAAAUCAUAUGACUACUUCUAAUAUAUUUCAAAUAGAAAUGGUAACAGGUGCCUGUCCUAAACCUACCUGUGAGUGCCACUGUGUGCUCUCCUCCACAGCGCACCUGGGUGACAUUACCCAGAAACGCUUGCACCCGCUGAGGGACUCUGUGAUUGGCCAGCUGCUCCACCUGGAGACCAAGCCUUCCAUUCGCACUAUCGCCAAACGUGUAGAGAUCUCCACCCACUACUCUAAAUAUCUGAAUCAACAUAGUGACUGAAUCCCGAAGUAACGCAUGAACUUCUUGCUUUAAAAAAUAGCGGGAAUUAUUUUUAUUUUGUUUGCAGAUGAAAUAAAACUGAAACCCCAAAGUGAGUAGCCCUACAAAUUACGACAUUAAUAAUCCCAAAAUCGUUCGUCGUCCCAUUUUCAGCGGUCCGACAACAGAGAAGUAAACACGCCCCGCUUCCGGGUUGUGCGGGGACGUCACGGGUAGCCACGCUGCCGUGUCUGCCUUGAAAUCUCCUGCUCAUGUUGCACGUCAACUAAAAUACCCCCACCCCCACCACCAUAUUGCGCUUUCGUUACAGUUUACUUCAGCGACAAUGUCAGCUCUACUCUCCGCAAACAAAACCGUCUUCAAAUGCUUGACCGCUCUUUCGUCUCGAGGGUUGAGCAUCGGAGCCGCGUCCCUGCAGGGUUCCGGUCAUUUAAAGGGUCGCAGCUGUCUGACCCUGAAGGACUUCAGCUCGGAGGAGAUCAAGAGGCUGCUGUGGGUGUCGGGGGAUCUCAAACAUCGGAUCAAGCAUGAGAAGCAGUAUCUUCCUCUUCUGCAAGGGAAGUCGAUUGCUAUGAUAUUUGAGAAGAGGAGCACCAGAACCAGAAUGUCCACAGAAACAGGCUUUGCUUUGCUGGGUGGGCACCCCUGUUUCCUCACUUCUCAGGACAUCCACUUGGGAGUGAAUGAGAGCAGCACAGACACAGCCAGGGUUCUCUCAGGGCUCUGCGAUAUUGUCUUGGCACGAGUUUACAGCCACUCCAUACUGGAGGAGCUGGAAAAGGAGGCCUCCAUCCCCAUCAUCAACGGCCUGUCGGACCUCUACCACCCAAUCCAGAUUCUGGCGGACUUCCUCACCCUGCAGGAGCAUUACGGUUCCCUUAGUGGACUAACGGUGAGCUGGAUUGGAGAUGGGAACAACGUCCUCCACUCCUUCAUGAUGACUGCGGCGAAAUUGGGAGUUCAUCUUAGGAUUGCUACGCCGAAGGGGUACGAGCCAGACAGGAGUGUUAUUCAAGAGGCACAAAGACUCUCCAAAGAACACGGCACCCAGCUUGUUUUGACCUCUGACCCCAUGGAGGCUGCCCACGGCAGCAAUGUUUUGGUCACGGACACCUGGGUGAGCAUGGGACAGGAGGAGGAGAAGAAGAAGAGGCUCAAAGACUUUAAAGGUUACCAGAUUACAAUGCAGACAGGAAGCGUUGCCAAACCAGACUGGAGCUUCCUGCAUUGUCUCCCCCGCAAAAUGGAGGAGGUGGAUGACCAGGUAUUCUACUCCUCUCGCUCCCUCGUCUUCCCCGAGGCGGAGAAUAGAAAGUGGACCAUCAUGGGUCUGAUGGUGUCCCUGCUGACUGACUACGCUCCACAGAUCCCCAUGCCCAAGUUUUAACUUUAACAUACGGUAGUUUCACUUGCUUGUCAUGAAGAAGGUCCGUCCUAUUGCAGAGCUCAGUGUCUGAUUUCACCCACCGAUGGCACCAUCACAACCCUGGAGGGGUUCCCCGAGAGUCAAUCUUCAAUGUUUACGUUCUACUGAUGGAGGACGAGGAUGGUUUUGCGAGCCUACGUUUUUACAGACGUGAAAUGAAAUGAAAAAGAUGGCCGAACCGUUCUUCAACUUGUUUAAUGUUGCGUCCACUUCACAACUUUCUCUAACGGCAUCGGAAACUUGAAUGAGGACAAAAAAACUCAAUCGGCCCGAGCGGGCCAAUCACAUACUUGCAGUGUCCACAUGGUAUUUGAGAAGUAUUGUUGUUGUUGUAAUGUGGCGAAAAACAAACUAAUAAAAGGACACCUCAAGUUGUGAAUAAA